AAAAUAUUAUAUAUUAUUUAUUUAUUCUCCUUAAAAUCAUUAUUGUACUCAUCAUUUAACUAUAAUACAUUAUUAUUAGAAGCUCUAAUAAUAAUUGAGUUUGUUAUAAUUUUACUUCAAGAAAAUCAAAAAUGGGGAAAAAAUAUAUAAAUAAAAUAAAAAAAUUAAUUUAAAUUUGUAAAAUAAAAUUAAAAAAGCAUGAUUCUGCUAUACAAAACGCAAUGUUAGUUGAUCCCCUCAACUCAACUCUUUAACUACCCUAUAAUUUUUCCUCUCUCUUCCAUUACUUUUUCCUGCAUUCACCUGGCAAAAACAAACAAAAAACCCAGAAACACCCAUUAAUUAAUUUCUCAAAAUGAAGUGUUUUCAUUUCAAUAAUGGUGAAAGAAGAUCAGAAGAUGGGGAAGAGGAUGUGGUUACAUCAGGAAGAGCAAGAGUUUCUUGGGCUCGUUCUUUGAGUAUUGCUAGUAGUACAACUAGUACUAGCACUACUACUGAGUUAAGACGAUCUGAGUUCUCUGGUGACUCAGAGUUUUCUGGAUUUUUCUCUUUGUUAGCUCAGAAUCGUGGGGUUUGUAACGAUCUGAGAGUGUUUAGUUUUGCUGAGUUGAAAUCGGCAACUCGUGGGUUUAAUCGAAGUCUUUUGAUUGGUGAAGGAGGAUUUGGUUGUGUUUAUAGAGGAAAUAUUCAUAUUAAUGACAUUAAUGAGAAUGAGAGUAAUGAUUUUACCAUUUCCAAGAUUGAUGUUGCUGUUAAACAGCUUAAUCGUUAUGGUUUCCAGGGGCAUAAAGAGUGGAUCAAUGAAGUGAAUUGGUUAGGUGUAAUUAAGCACCCAAAUCUUGUUAAGUUAGUUGGAUAUUGUGCUGAGGAUGAUGAAAGAGGGAUUCAAAGACUUUUGGUGUAUGAGCUUAUGAAGAACAAAAGCUUGGAGGAUCAUCUUAUGGAUCGUGUGCCCUCACCAUUGCCAUGGAUGACGAGGCUCAAAAUUGCACGAGAUGCUGCUCGUGGAUUGGCAUAUUUGCACGAAGAAAUGGAUUUUCAGCUAAUAUUUCGAGAUUUUAAAACAUCAAAUGUGUUAUUGGAUGAAGAUUUCAAUGCCAAGCUCUCAGACUUUGGAUUGGCUAGGCUGGGGCCUGCUGAGGGAUACAGCCAUGUUUCAACAUCAGUAGUAGGAACAGUGGGUUAUGCAGCUCCUGAGUAUGUCAUGACUGGCAAGUUAACUGUCAAGAGUGAUGUAUGGAGUUUUGGCGUAGUUCUCUUUGAACUCAUAACAGGAAGACGAGCAGUUGAAAGAAAUCUACCACGGAAUGAACAGAAGCUCUUGGAUUGGAUUAGACCCUUUGUAUCGGAUUCAAAAAAAUUCCACUUGAUUGUAGAUUCACGGUUGGAGGGACAAUUCUGUAAGAAAACUGUGUGGAGACUAGCAUCGUUAGCAAACAAAUGUAUUGCUAAGCAACCCAAAGCUCGCCCUAAAAUGAGCGAGGUUGUUGAAAUACUAGGUAGUAUCAUAGACGAGGCAUCAUCACAGGAAGACACAGAUCAGUCCAAGCCCAAUAAACAAGCUGAAGAUGAAUGUGAAGACCUCGAAGGAGAAACAGAACCCAAAGUGGAAACGGAGCACAUAAAACCUGGGAACAAUUACCUUAGGAAAGUGUUGGACAUAAAAGAAAUGGUCAAUUUAAGGAACAAAUCUAUUGGGAAGCUAGAUUGGAAGAAUUGGACUCCUGGGUUAGUCAAAACUUCAUGAUCAAGACGCCCUUCAAUUGGGUUUCGACUGCUAUCUGAUGAUGCUAACAAGUGUAUCGAAAACUUUCAGUAGAUCAGCUGCAACUUUUUUGUUUCGAUGAUUUACUUAUUUGAUUCAAACCCUCCUUCCCUUGGGCCUUGGUUGGGAAAGUGAGGGUGGUUGCAUAUGUAAAUAUAGGUGUAAAUUAUUGCAUAGAAAAGCUCUUAAGGCUUGCUUUGCAUUUUGGUAAGUGUUGUUUCCUGGUCUGUGGAUCACCCCUCUUUUCGUUUUCGGGCAAGUUCUUGCAGUUGAAAGCGCAUUUAGCGACCAGAUGUGAAAAACCAAAGGACUAUUGUAUUAUUUCCCCACAAUUUGCUAAACAUUCACCAUUCUUGAUAAGAUUAUUGAACUGUGUUUUUUAGUUGAAUCCUCAUUUCCUAGUAAUCUUGGUACAAGUUUGAUCCUAAUAACCAAGGAUGUGUUCAGCAUAGCAAUGUAAGUAGUUGUUGGUGGUUUAUUAAGGCUACAACAUGACUUUUGGAAAAAUUUUACUGUACAUCAACAUAGCUGU